AUGAAAAGAGUUUAUGAUGAAUUAAGUGAAGAUGGACCCAUAACUCAAGAAGAUGUUAAGUAUUUUAAGAAACAGGCCAUUUGGAGACAAAUGAAAUUUUACAAACAAAAGUACCAAGUCUCUGAAAAAUUAUUAAAGUAUAAGGAAAAUGGUGAGAAGUCUGAUAAUGCUGGUAAUGAUGACGAUAUAGAUAAAUUGAAAUUUGAAAAUGAUAAAUUGAUCAAAGAAAUCGAAGAAUUAAAUAUCUUAUUAAAACAGCAAGACAGAGAAACUAGUGAUAGCGUCAAAAGAAUCAAUCAAGCCCAAGUUAAAGAAGAAGUUAAAACUGAAGUUAUAGAAAGUAAACCUGAUGAUAAUAAAGUUAAAGCAUUAGAAGAAGUAAUUAAGAGUUAUGAAGAAAAAUUAAAGAGUAAUGAAGUGAAAAUAGAAGAAAAAGUGGUUGAUGUGGUUAAAGUUGAAAUUAUCAAAGAUUUCAAUAUGAAAACACCAGAAGAUUUAGAUAAAUAUCUUGAUAAUAAGAGAGUUAAUUUUGAAGAAUUGAUAAAUAAUAAGUUAAAAAGUGAAAAUGAUGAAUUAAAACAACUUUUAUCCAAAAAUGAAAAAGAUUUGGUCAGAAUAAGAAACAUAAGAGAUGAUUUGAUUGGUAAGAUUAAUCAAUAUGAAUCAGCAAAGACCAAUGAAGAAUUAAUUAAAUUGAACGAAGAAUUAAAUAGUAAACUAGAUUUCCAAAACAAUUUGAAAGAUAAAGAAAAUGAAGAUAUCAUCAAAGAAUUAGAAGAAAGUUAUAAGAACUUAAUCAGUAGCAUUAAUGUUAAAAUCAUGAAUAAACUAGAUCAAGAUAAUUUAGUAAAGAAAUAUCAAAUCGAAAAAAGCAAAGCUGAUCAAAAGUAUUUCCAAAUAAUGAAAACCAAAGAUACUUUAACUAAUGAAAACAAACUUUUGAAAUUGAAUCUUAACAAAUUGAAUGAUAUUAUAAGUGAAAAGCUGAACAUUGAAACCAGCCUUAAUGCCAAAAUCAAUAAGUUACAAGAUAUUAUCAAAGACUUUGAAAAAGUCAUUGCUAAUUUGAAUAUCAAAAAUAAUCAACUUAUUGAAAAAGAACAAUUUAAAGGUAAAGAGAUGAAUAAAUUAGUGUCAAAAAUUGAUAGUUUAGUUGAAGAGAUCAACAACUUGAAGAGAAAAGAAGGUGAUUUCAAGAAACAAUUGAACUUGAAAGAUUUAGAAUUUAUCAAAUUCAAACAUGGAUUAACCAGUUCAAGUCCAGUUGAUAAUAAUGAAGAGUUAAAUGGUUUCAGAUCAAUGGUGAAAUGUUCAGUGUGUAGUAAAAAUUGGAAGAAUAUGGCUAUAACUGUGUGUGGACAUGUAUUCUGUAAUGAAUGUGUUAAAGAGAGAUUGAAUGCUAGAUUGAGAAGAUGUCCAAGUUGUAAUAAAGGUUUCAGUGCUAAUGAUUUACUAAGUAUUCAUUUAUAA